GUUCAAACUUCAAACAAUCAGUGGGCAGGCUUCUGAGUCUCAGACUGACGCCGCUUAGAGCACCCAAGCCGUAUCUUUCCCAAAGAAAAUCGAGGAAAGGAAGCGAGAGAAAGUGCGGGAAAAACGAUGGUGGCGGCUGCUUCUCGGAAAUGGGGCUACGUUCGGAUCAUCACCGGCACUAUUCUUGGUGGUGUUCUCGGCUUCUACGUCAUGCACCGCGUCGAAGUUAGCUACAAGGAGAAAAUGAAUGAGAGACUGAAAAAGUAUGAAGCCGAAUUGAAGAAGAGAGAGAAGAUGAAUGAGCUCGAGGAAUCCCCGUAAAUUUGGAGGCUUAACGAAAUUUUUGUUGUUAAUUUUGUUUUCCUGGUAGUGUAAGGUUGCUGAGAAUUUGCGGGAAAAGCGAAAUAAAUGAAAUUUUGACUUAUAUGUUUAUGUUGUUAACUUGUUUGCUCACCAAAACUAGUGAACUAGCUUAGUAUUAUAUUGGGUUCCAUUUUAAGUGGAGGUUUUCCUUUUGGGGCUUUUCUUCUAGAGGACCAAAAGGAGCAGCUUUGUGUGUGUUGUUUUGUCUCUUGAAUUUUUAUUUCUUUUGUAAGGAGGGGCACAAGAGGGCUUGCUAUAUCAAAAUAUGUUGCUGCAUUGAUGCAAUUCCAACAGAGCGUAAACCAAAAGCUAUAAUCUUCGUUCAAUAUUGUCUUCUGCUACUGCAGUGAUUAAGGAGACAAAAUAUCAACAUCUGAGCGAAUCAAACAUAGGCACAUGAGCUUCACAUGUUUCAGACCAACCCUACUUGCAAUUCCUGCCUAUAAAGCACAAUGGACAUGUGCAUUGUCAAACUUGAGAAAAUCAGAGAAUCAGAAGAGUGUUUUUCAGAAAAAGAGACCCCUCGCAUUGCUGGGUGAAAGUCCUCGAUGCAAUUUGGAUACAAUUUUACCUUCCAAAGCUGGUGUGCAAUCCGUUCUGGAAGUGCUUAAAAUUCAGAUGAACUUUCUGGCCUGCUCUGGGUUCAAGUAUUCAAGUUUGCUGUCACAUUGGGGGAUGUAUUGUUGGAAAAACAGAAGUGAGGAUCUCUGUGUCCCUUUCCCUUAAUGCAUUCCAAGUGUCAUGGUCCAAACUUGAUGGGAGGCAAACCUCUCCUUGCCCCGCGCCCCCCCCCCCCCCAUCUUAGCGCCUUGUGGAGCCUGAGUAGUUGUUGGAGGGCAGAGAAACAGAACAAAAAGAGAUGAGGGGCUGUGGAAUCAUUAUGGUAGAAAUGGGGACAGAAACAUUUAUUGUAUCAUCUACUAAAGGGGCAUCUUCAUGUAAAAUCAAAGGGGUGCUGAUUGAUUUUGUAGAUCAAAUAUACAUGCACCCUUUUCUUGUAAUCUCGUGCACCGUUGUAUGCCAGCCAGUUUCAGGAUGAUGUCUUUACUGCA